GGCGCAGCAUUCGUUUGUGAACCACCAUGACAGAGGACACAACUGAUCAUGAAAACUCAAACGAAUCGCCGCCACAAGUAACGGAAGGAUGCCGAAUGCCCGUGAGGAUGCGCAACAGCAACGACUGGCCGCUGGCCGAAAUCCUGAGCUUGAAGGAACUGGGAGACAACCAGUUCCUCUACUAUGUCCACUUCAUCGACUACAACAAGCGCCUGGACGAGUGGGUGACGGCGGAGCGGCUGGACAUGAAGAAGUUGCAGCUCCCGCGGAAAGAGAACAAGACGCCGCUCAAAGAUGUCAAGAACGGCUCACGCCCCUGCUCGCCGGACCCCCUGGCGCCACUGCCCGCAGGGAACGAACAGCCGUUGAGGCCAACCGAAGAGAAAGCGGACCUGUGGCCCCAGAAGUCCCCAGUUGACGUCAAAGGGUCCGCCGUAAAAGAGCUGGUGCCGCCUGCUCCAACGGAAUCUUGGGCCGAACAAUCGCCAGGGGAAGCCCCGGCUACGCCUCUAGCCAACAAAGAGGCCAGAGAGGCAAAGGAGAAUUCAGACAUCUGGAGUAACAAGGCAAGAACUCCGGAAACAAAUCUGGCUGUGAAAGAGAAUGGCGCUCCUCCGAAGAAGGCCAUCGCGGGGAGGAAACGGAAAUUCCCGGCUACCGAAAAUGAGGACUCUCAGGACUCCCUGACGCCGUGGCCCCGCCCAACGGGGAGCAUGGUGGCCCACCACGACGACAUUGUGACGCGCAUGAAGAACAUUGAGAUGAUCGAGCUGGGACGCAACCGCAUCCGGCCCUGGUACUUUUCCCCCUAUCCACAGGAACUAGUCAACUCCUGCAUUUACCUGUGCGAGUUCUGCCUCAAGUACACCAAGUCGAGAACUUGCCUCAAGCGGCAUCUGGCAAAGUGCACGCUCAAGCACCCUCCCGGGAAUGAGAUCUACCGGAAGGGGUCUUACUCAUUCUUCGAGAUUGACGGCCGGAAAAACAAGAUGUACGCACAGAACCUGUGCCUGCUGGCCAAGUGCUUUCUGGACCACAAGACCCUGUACUACGACACAGACCCGUUCCUGUUCUACGUCAUGACGGAGGUGGACAGCCGGGGCUACCACCUCGUCGGAUACUUCUCCAAGGAAAAGGAGUCUACAGAAGAUUACAAUGUGGCCUGCAUACUGACCCUGCCACCGUUUCAGCGGAAAGGUUUUGGCAAGCUGCUCAUUGAAUUCAGCUACGAGCUGUCCAAGUUCGAAGGCAAGACUGGCUCCCCGGAGAAGCCCCUGUCGGACCUGGGGCUCCUGUCGUACCGGUCCUACUGGUCCGAGACCAUCCUGGAGAUCAUGAUCAACAUGGCACCCUCGGAGGCCGGCGAGAAGCCUCAGAUCACCAUCCACGAGAUGAGUGAGCUGACGAGCAUCAAGAAGGAGGACGUGAUCUCGACACUGCAGUACCUGAACCUAAUCAACUACUACAAGGGCCAGUACAUCAUCACCCUGACGCGAGAGGUGGUGGAGGCGUACGAGCGGGCCGCCCUCAAGAGGCCCCUGCGCAUCGACCCCAAGUGCCUGCACUGGACCCCCAAAGACUGGGCCAAGCGGGGAAAGUGAGGCGGUCGGCCUUGACCGUCGCACAAACCCAGUUCAUCCGGACGGCGUUGACGCCGUCUGCUCAUCAUCCGAGCCCGUGAAAGCCUCUGGCGUUGUUGUCCCGUUUCCGCACACCCUGCUGUCGUGUCGCAACGGUCAAUGGUGUCUUGCUGUGUCGCCGCGCGCUACCUUUUACAAAGCCACCAGAUUCCCUUCCCCGGCUAUGCCCGUCGACAACCGUGAAUACGCCCAGGCACGCGAGCCCGUUCUACGGCAGCAGCUCGCCGCCAAAUGACGGAACUGUUCGUCGCGAGGUUUCUGUCCAAGGCAUGCCAUAUAGCGGCUUUGCUUUGGGUGGAUGGAUCCUUGGCGGCCUGCUAUCAGCCGGGCUUGCUCACUAGUGAUUUUGAGGAGCUAACAAUGUUUAGGAACGGUCACUUUACGUUGAAGCUCGACGGGAUCUGUCUAUCUUCUCGUGCUGACUACGGCGCGAGAAACGGCAUUGUCCGCUCUCUCCCGCUUGCCGCCGACCGGUACAACAAGGCAUCAUCACUUUUGGUACGGAUAGUUAUACUCAGUUUUGGCUAUUUUGUACUACGUCAUCGAGGCUAGAGUAGCUUCCACAGUGCUGCAUCCCUGCACUGCUGCAAGAGCAUGUGGCUUUGCUUUGGCAUCUCGAGGAAAAUGCAAAACGAAGCCAUGUGCUUGCGCAGGUGGCUUUUACAACAUUGGAGCACUGGAAGACGUUAGCCUUGACAAUGUGGCAUGAAAUCUUCGAUGCCGAGUGGUUAAUUCAACAUAGUGAAUAGUUUUACUGCCUGGCCUGUGUGUCGAAAGUUCAAAUUGCAGACGUGUCUCUGUGUGCCCUGCGUGACGAAGGUGUUUUCGGAUUGUGAUUGCCUUUUGAAGUAUGAUUAACGUCUACUAGCGAGGCCUGCAACACAGAGCUAACAGUGUUGGCACCUUUAGGAAAAUAUGACAAAAGAAAAAAAAAAAAAAAAAAGAGAAGACAAGGUGUUCCUUGUGAGACUCUUAAAGAGUCGAAAUUGUGUGUUCACAGAGCUGUGUUUUUGUGGUCAACUUAGGAUAUGGCUCCUUUUUGUACAUAGUUUACAAUUUCUCCCCCCAUAGUGGGUGUGUAUUUACUGUAAAAUUCUGUAUAUAUGCCCUUUUUUUUUCUUUUCUUUUUGGUAUAUGCUGCCACGCUGGAACGUUAGGUUAAUAAAAUUGUGUAAAUACAA